CAGUGACGCAUGGUUUGAGUGUGACUGUACCUGGGACAGCAGCUGGCUGGGUGGAUACCUUGACAGAGUUUGGCUCUGGCAAAAUGUUUCCUCCCCCUCUCUGAUUCCUCCCCUCCGUCACCCAUUUUGGGUCCCCCCCCAAAUCUUCCCCUCCCACAUUCCCUCUCUGUUUCUCACCCUGUUUGUACUGUGGUCCGUCACAGCUGUCCAUGCAGCAGAUUCUCCAGCCUGCCAUUGACCUAGCUGAGGGCGGCUUCACUGUUCAGCCGGUGGCAGCCAACGGUUGGCAGUAUGACGCAGACAAGCUGCUGCGGGAGACCAACCGACACGCUCAGUGCUUGCUGAAGGAGGGGCAACGGGCUCCCAGGGCCGGUGAAACCAUGCACCUACCGUUACUUGCCAAGACGUUCAAGGCACUGGCUGUCAACGGAAAGGCAGGCUUCUACGAGGGUCGUGUGGCGCAGGCCAUUGUGGAUGUCGUGAGGGCCCAUGGGGGUACCCUGACACUGCAAGACCUGAAGACGCACACCAGCACCCUGGUGGAGCCGAUCUGCACCGACUACAAGGGGCUGAACGUGUGGGAGAUCCCACCCAGCGGACAGGGGAUAACCACGCUGAUGGGACUGAACAUUCUGGAAGGCUUGGACCUGAAAGGCAUGGGGCACAACUCGGCUCAGUACCUACACACCUUAAUUGAGGCCAUCAAGCUGAGCUUUGCCGACAGUCUGUGGUACUGUGCCGACACUGACCAAGUGGAUGUUCCUGUAAACCAGUUGCUAUCCAAGGAUUAUGCAGCCACGAGGAGAAAUCUCAUAGAUCCCGUUAGAGCUCGAGAGGACUUUAAAAAUGGUGAAGUCAAAGGUGGAGGGGACACAGUGUAUUUGUGUGUCAUGGAUGAGCUUGGGAAUGCCUGCUCCUUCAUUAAUAGUAACUAUAGCCACUUUGGGACAGGUCUGGUACCCGAGGGCUGUGGCUUCACGUUGCAUAAUCGCGGCUCCAACUUCUCCCUGCAGCCGGGCCACCCUAAUGUCAUUGGGCCGGGCAAGCGCUCCUUCCACACCAUCAUUCCUGCCAUGGUGACUGAUGUCAAGACUGGUGACCUGCUGUCGACCUUCGGGGUCAUGGGGGCGUUCAUGCAGCCCCAGGGACAAAUUCAGGUUCUGUUGAGUAUGUCUGAAUUUGGUAUGGAUCCACAGCGGGCCUUGGAUCAGCCACGACUCUAUGUCCAAGUGAAGCAAAGCGGCUUCACAGGUAACGUGUGUCUGGAGGAAGGCUUCGGCGACGAUGUCAUUCAUGAGCUGCGAAGCAAAGGCCACAAUGUCGUGGGACCGGUGAAGGGAUGGGACCGACGAGUAUUUGGUAGGGGGCAGGUCAUUGCCCGGGGCAACUGGUUCUCUGCCACCAAGCCCGGAGGUAAGUCGCUGCAUGCAGGAAGUGACUUUCGAGGGGAUGGGGAACCAGUUGGCUACUAGUAAAGCAGCUCAACGCUUUACUGCAUCUCAGAAUAAAUCAGUUGUUAUGAGUAACUCGUGGAAAAUGGAUAAAAUGCAAAGGAAGAGCCCCCCACUGAAAAAAGUUAAGUGCAAUCCAAGUUGAUGAUGGGUUUUUACAUCACAGAAAUAAGAGUCACAAGAGAUGUGUAGCACCGUUUUUAUUUGGGGCAAAUGGUCUAGUCGUUCGUGUUUGUAAUUUCUUACCGUAGGUGCAAGGCUCAGGUGUGACCUUGGGUUAGUAACCUUUGCUCCGCUCUCUCUGUAUGCCCGGGAGUAUUAAUGGGUACCUGUGAGGGCAGAGAGGGUUUAAUACUUGUGGUUGAUUAAAACCUGGUAGUGGCCAAAAUGGUUGGAGCAAUGGUUGUAUACCCCCAAGGAAGUGUACAAGCAUCAGGCUGAGAUGGUUCUGCAGUAUGCUUCUCAGUUCAACGAGUAAGGUCAACGGUCGCAGGGGGGUGUUGAGAGUCUGUCGGUGCUGAAAUGCCCCCCCCCCGAUACCUCAUGGUAUUUUGGGUCAUUUCUGUCGGUAAAAAUUGGCAUUAUUUUGAUCAAACUCUUUGUACCAUCAGUAUUAGCCACAAUGAACAGGACCACCUGAUUUUAGAAGGUGUUAGGUUGCAUUUGCUGUGGGCGGCACCCUAAUGCACAAUUGGUGGUCAUGAUGUCUCCAUUCAAACAGGUUAGGUAACGCCUAUACGCGAUCAUGAUUUGAAAUUGCAUAAUGAACUUUCACUGCCUCACACUAAAGUCUUCAGUAAGAAUUUUUGACGGUGUCAUUUGGCAUAAUGUCUUUCUAGUGCCAUGUCUGACACCAUUCCAAAUAAAUGGCAUUAUUUGGAGCUCUCGGUAAUUCUGUUUUAGUUUGCAUAAGAAAGAGCAAAAUGGCUCAUUGUUUUGAUAUUCUGCCCAGUUUGUUAUCCUGAUGAGAAUUUGCAUUUGUGUUGUACAAGAUUCUUGAAAAGGUUUUCAACUCAAAAGUGGCUGUGGCGACUUGUGAAUCAUUUUGAUCAUUUAUUGAUAUACAAUCACACAUACUUCAACAAAAUUUGUUAAUUGACUCUUUCCAAUGCAAUAAUUCUUUGAUCUUGGGCGAUGCAUCGAUUCUUCCCCCAAACGAAGAUACGACCUCGGCAUAACCUGUUGUGCUUCCACAGCUGUAAUGUCUGGUUUUUGCAUCCGGCAAGAAGUGAGAGUCCCAAGAGAGUUGAGGGGGCCAGAGGUUUUAAGAACGGAACUUGAGGUUAUCCAAUUCAUCUCUUAAGCCUCUGCAUGGCUUAUUUCUGUUUAAAUGUGCUCAACUACUAAUCAGUAUGCUGACAAUACCGCAGUACCCACGGUCAUUUAAAAAACUUCUGAUUUCAAAUUCCUGCCUCAAGUUUAAAAUGUGAUAUAGAAAAAAAUUCAGUAAUUUGAUUCAGGUACUCAAUAUAUUUUGAAAAUCUUUAGAUAUUACACUAAACACGACGAUCAUGGUUGCACAGUGCUUUUAUGUCGCAUUAUAUUGAAAAAUCUAUAAUUUUUAUAGUAAAAUUACCCGUCAUAAAGUAUGAUGUAAAGACAAUAUAUAUUAAAUGAUAUAAUACAAU